AUGAAAAGCUUUGGACUAUUAUUUCAGAUGGGAAGAGGCAAAUCUUUCAAUAAAUCUCAAAAAAUAGAAAUUUAUAGUUAUAUUCACACAAAUAAUUUACUUGAUUUAUUAAACAAGGUGGAUGAUAAUGUCCCUUUAAUUAUUGGUUCUAGGCAGACAAAAAUUAAUUUACUUCGUUCAAUAUUUUCCAAUUUAUUUCCAUUUUUUGGAAUUUCCUCAACAGAUUGGCCAAUUUCCGCUACAAUAUCAACAGAUGUCCCGAUCAUUAUAAGCCCUAAAGCAUUUUUUACAAUAAGCAGAUUGUGUGGAGUACAAUCUACAAAUUAUGUUACAAGUUGGUGGGAGAAAAUUAUUUUAUUUUAUAAAAUUAAUGCUCGAGGAGUGCCUCAACAUACGGGAAGAACAAUUGGUGGGUGUGCUAUACAAAUGGGAAUUGCUUUGUUGGAUCCGAUAGAUGAAGUUGGUUAUUAUAAUUAAAACUUUGUAUUUUAUGUUUGUUUGUGUUUGUUUGUUUUUGUAUUUGUGUUUAUUUGUGUUUGUUUUGUGUUUGUAAAAUUUCGUGUUUGUUUGUAUGUUAUUUGUGUUUGAAUGUUUAAGUUUGCGAAACAAUGUUUUGUUUGAGUUGUGUGUUGUGUUUGUGUAAAAUGUGUUUUGUGUUUUUAAAUAAACUUGAUUAGGGAAUGUAAAACGCUUGUGUUUUUGAAAAUUAAACUUGUUUGUGUUUUU